ACGGAAACUAAUGAGUAUUCGUUCGUUACUGACAAGUCUGCAAGAUUUUGCGACUAAAUGUAGUGUAGCAGUGUAGUGAGUGCAUCAUGAAGAAAACAGUUAUUUUGUUUAUUGCUUUAAUAAUUCAUACUAGUACCGUGUUUUUUGGUGAAUUUCAAGGACCUACGCCUUCAGUAAAUAAGAAUUUUGGUAAGCUGAUGAAUGAUGUUGUGUCAGACGCCAGACAAACAAUAGAUUGCACCGUAGAAGCUAUGAAAAAUGAAGUGGACUCUGGAAAUUUACCCUACUUUUAUAAACCUAAAUGUGGUAAUCAAAAUGUUAAGCCACUUAAUAAUAAGAAUCUUGACAGAAAAAGUAGGGCGACAUUUAAGGACACCGAGAAUCCUAGACGACACCAAAAAAUCGUUGAUGGAACGAUCUUUAAAAACACCGGAAAAAACAAGAAUAAGAAGAUAAACGACAUAAAGAAUUUGUUGUUGAAUGAAUCACGACGCUUGAAUAAUGUUGAUAAAUUUGUGAAAGAAGACCUUGACGGCAUAUCCAAGGACGUACGUGUACAAUUAGAAAAAAUAGAACAUAAUGACGUUAAGGUUGCUCUCGCUCUACAAAAGCCUAAAGUGGAUUCCGUGAAGAAUGCUUCUUCAGAAAUAAAAUCAAAAAUUUCAGCUCAGUCUAAAAAUAUUAAGUUUGCCAAUUCGGCAAGCAAUUCUUCCGAUACAAGCGAAAUUGAUGAUAUUGUGGCAAAGUUCCAAAUCGAAACAAACAAUACGCUUAAGGAAAUAGAAAAACAACUCCAAGAUUGGGAAAAAGAAGAAUCGGAACAGUUGCAAGAGUUAAAAACACUCAUGGAAAGUGCCAAACAUCCUGUUACUCUUAAAGAUCUAGCUCAGAAUAUUACCGCGAAUAGUUUAUCGGAAAAUAGUACAUUGCCGUUCGAUACAGUUAACUCAUCAAUAACACCUUCAACCAUCGUUACUCCACUACCUGAAAUUCAAAGCGGAAAAAACUUGAGUUCAAUUGACAUACCAAGUAAAUCUUCCAAAGGCUUACAAAGAACUACAAUAGCACUAGCAUCGUCUACUGAACAUUUUACAACAACUGCAAUUCCGACCUCGAAUAUAAUAAGUAAAUUAACGACAUUUAAAAUUGCGACUACCACAGAACGAACACUAACUAAAGCGGACGAUAGUCUAAAUGAUUAUGGUGGAUUUUUCGAUUUCUCUCCUAAUGACAAGCAUGCAAGAGAUGAAGCGGCCAGUAGCGCAGAAAAAAUAAUCAAAGAGGGAAGUUUUUCCAAAUCACUGUUUAAUGCUCUAUCUAAUAAGGUAGAGGAUGCACCCUCCAUAUUUUGAUAAUCGUACGUACUUAAAUGGGUAUUUUUAAAAUUACAAAUAAUAAAAAAAAAAGUAGUUUAAAUCGUUAAUGUUGUAAAAAUAUAUAUAAGUGACUCUUUGUUCAAAUUGUUGUGAAAAAAAAACAGAUUUUCCAGCUAUUCAAGAAUACUAAUAUUGUCUCUAAGAUCGAAUUGAGCCAUAAUGAAUAAUAACCGGCAAAGACAAGAUUUUUGAAUUUCCAAAAUUUAAAAAAACGUAGGUACAUAGGAAAAUAGUAUAAUAAAUACAAUAAAGUUCGUCAAUCUCUUUCCUAGCCUCUAAAUAAUUUAAAAAAAGCCGCUGUCUGGCUUUGUUGCUUUGCUUAUUUUUUUAAAAUCUGACAACUGAUUUCGAAUCUUUUUUUAUUAAUAGAAAGAGAAGAAAAAGAUUUUGAAGAAAAUGGCUGAAUUAUCAUGAGGCUGUGUGAAAAAAAAACUGUUUCGUUCGUUCGUUUCAAAUUUUACAAAUUUUAAGAUAAAGUAUUCAAACCAAGCAAAGAUGCGAACGGAUAGCUUGCUAUUGAAAUAAUAUUUAAUCGGUUGACAAUAGUAGUAGAAAAUGAUACAUAUCUGAUUCCAUCACUACUGAUGGUAGGGACAUCUUGUGAGCCCGCACGGGCAGGUACUACCACCCCGUCUAUUUCGGCCGUGAAGGAAUCAUACAUUUCGAUUUGAAGAGGGGCAGCCGUUGUACUAUAAACAUGAGACUUAUUUUUCAUAGUGGUGGUAGAAUUUACGUUAUUGAUGUCUAUGGACUCCGGUAACCACUUAACUCUAAGUGGGCCGAGAGCUUCUCCACCCAAUUGCAGUAAAAAAAUGAAUGAAUUGCCUUAUUUCGUAAAAAUAAAAAGAGUUCUAUGAAGCACAAGCAAGGUUACAAUAUCCUAUCUACUCCACUACUAACUCCACGUUCGAAAGCUAUGGUAAAUAAGAUCACUAUUACAUUAUACAUAUUUACAAGUCAGGAAGGAAAGUAAUGUGAUAAAAGUGCAGACAGUAUGUUGCGUUAUUCGUUCUUAUUAAAAUAAUGGGAUAAUUAAUUAAAACACAAUUAAAUCUAUGUAUAUGUAACGGUUUUAUUAACAAUAUUUUAUGUAAAUACAUAAUUACAAACUUACACGUCUACCAAUUGAGCUUCGCUACUCUAAGACGAGUCAAUGCGCUCUGCCACUUAUGUUUCUUACCGUAGAAUUCAAUUUUGCUUAACUAUGCACCGAUACUUACUAAUUUUUUUUGCAUAUUAUACUAGUACCUACCUUAGAAUCUUCAACAGUUUAGAAUACUAGUCUUAUACUAGUAGAUAUAUCUACACACCAAAGUUGUUCACUGGUGUGUCCCUUAUAAUAUUAUUUAAGGUGUAUCUCUUAAAAUAUUUAAACUCAAUUUUUAUCCAGCCCUUUAAAUUUUGUUUUAAUUUCUGUACAAUAAAUACAUUUUAUAAAA